AUGGAUAAGAAAAAGAACCGUGCCGAUCCACUCGCUGCUGGACGCCAGAAGCUUCAACAGUUUCGUCAAAAGAAGGCUGACAAAGGCACUGAUCAGAAAAAGGACCCCAAAGGCAGUACAAGCCAAGGAAAAUCCUCCAAAAAAUCUGGUAAAUCUGACAAGCAUGAGCGUAAACCUGACACAAAUGCUGUCAGUGACGAGGCAGAAGCUCCAUCUAAUGUGGCUGCAGGAGGAGCUACAUCUCAUAUGAAUUCUGGUGAGGAGGUUGUUGAUUCUCCACAAACUUCUGCAAAUGCAUUAGCUCCCGAAUAUGUUUCAGUCCAUGGUUCAUCAUCAGAAUCUGAUACGAUUCAGCCAGGAAACACCACAGAAACUUCUGAUAGUGGAGCUGAACUGAGAAAAGAAGUAAAUUCUGAAAAGGGAGUUACACAUGACGACGCAUCUAUUAAUGGUGACAGAAGCUUUGCUGCUUCUGGAAACCUAGCGGAGGGGGAAGGAGUUGAAGUUCAAAGUGGAUCUGGGAAUGUGGAAAAGCCGCAGCAUCAGCCAGCCUCGCUGCAUGAUUCUAUUCCUGAUGUUUCCUUGAUUAGUGCAAGGGGAGAUCAGGUAACUGAUGAAGACGAUGUUGCACCCAUGGAACAGUUUUCUGAAUCAUCUGCAAAGGCAGUUGUGGAUAGGAUUGCAAUUGAAGAAAAGCAAGCAAGCUAUCCAGCUGUUGUGGGUUCAUCUGCUUCUGCUUCUCACUUUGCAGAGGGCUCCUCAGUUACAUCUGAUCCAGUUGAGCUAGAAGGAAUAAAUGGUAAAAUUAGAAGCCAGCAGAUUAGUGAAGCUGCAGAGCUUAAUGAAGAGAAACCAGAAACAUCUAUUGGUCACGUGCCUUCAGCUGAACCUGAGGAAAGCUCUGUUACAGAUGUGGUUAGUCAGCUGCAAUUGCCUGAGAGCGUCAGUAUAUCUAGAUUUGUGAGCCACGAGGAACCUCGUAAAAUGGACACACUGAAGCCAUCUGGCGAAGUUUCUGCUGCUCAUGUUCAUGAAGGCCGCUCAGUUAGCUUCUUACAGCUUAUAGGUAUUGUACAGGGACUUGGACAAGAUGAAUAUCAAGUUUUGUGCAACGCAAGAGAGGCUGCUUCCAGUACUGAGCCAGGAACAAGUUCGUUGGAGCGAUUAAGAGAAGAACUCUUUGUUUCGAGUACCAUGGAAGAUAUACGCCAUGUGCAACUUACAGAACAGUCUAAUUUACAAAAUGAGUUUGAUCAUCAACAUAAUCAAUUUGUAGCUGAAAUAUCACAGCUUCGUGCAUCAUAUAACGCGGUGACGGAAAGGAAUGAUUCUCUUGUGGAGGAACUAUCAGAGUGCCAGUCUAAACUCUAUGCUGCUACAAGCUCAAGUGAGAAGCUUAAUAAUCAGCUUAUUGCUACAGAAGCACAAGUGGAGGAUUUCACUGCUAAGAUGAAUGAGUUGCAGCUUAGCCUAGAAAAAUCCCUAUUGGAUCUAUCCGAGGCAAAAGAAAAGUUCAUAAAUCUUCAGGUGGAAAAUGAUACGUUGGUUGCAAUUAUUUCUUCCUCGAAUGAUGAGAAAAAGGAACUUCUUGAAGAAAAAGAAUCGAAGAAUUAUGAGAUUAAGCAUCUUUCAUCUGAGUUGUGCAAUUGCAAGCACUUGGCGGCCACACUAAAGGCAGAAGUUGAGCAAUUGGAAAAAACUAUUGGUCCAUUGACAGAUGAGAAGAUAUAUCUUGUUGAAGAAAAAUAUAAGGUUGUGGGUGAGGCAGAGAAGUUACAGGAAGAAUUGGGCUAUUGUAAGACUUUGAUCACCCAGCAAGAGAUGGAAAAUUUAAACAUAAGGGAGGCGCUUUCUUUACUGACAGGCCAGCAGGUUAAGCUUGAAGAGGAUAACUUACCUCUCACAGAAGAAAAUGAGAAAGCACAUCUAGAACUGAGUGCUCAUCUGAUCUCGGAGACAUAUUUAUUGUCCGAGUAUUCCAAUCUAAAGGAAGGGUAUUCUUUGUUGAAUAAUAAACUCUUGAAGUUUCAAGCGGAGAAGGAGCGUUUGGUUGAGGACAAUGAUAAACUUACACAUGAACUUCUUACUCUUCAAGAGUGUAUGUCAACUGUACAAGAAGAGCGGACUCAUCUAGAAGUUGAGUUAGGAGAAGCAAUAGCGCGCCUUGAUAAAUUGGUUGAGGAAAAUACAUUUCUAACUAGCAGCAUUGAGGUAGAAAAAGCUAAAAUAGUAGACAUUGGUAGCAAGGAUGCUUCAGGAUUGAUCAAUCAGGACAUUUCUGAGAAACUUGGUGAAGGUUCAGAAGUCGAGGUUACAAGUGAACCGACUGCACCUUUUCUUGAAAAUACCUCCCAAAUUCCUGGUAAACAUUAUACAGAUUUGGAAGAGGUAAUGGUCAAUACUUCUGAGUUUUCUGCCUUGAAGAAGAAUUUGGAGAAGGGGGAGAAAAUGGUUCAGAAUCUCGAAGAGGCAAUUAAGCAGAUCCUCACCGAUUCUUCAUCGAGUAAAUCUAGCAACAAAGCUGCCACACCAGCAGUAUCAAAAUUGAUUCAGGCUUUUGAGUCAAAGCGGCAACCAGAAGAACAGGAAUCUGGAAAAACACAGUUAACUGGCGAUCAAUCAGAAGCAGAUGUUUCUGUGGAUGUGCAGAUUAGAAAUUUGAGAUGCUUGCUUGAACAGUUAGUGUUGAAUGGUAGGAACGUUGGUAUACAAUUAAAUCAAUUGAAUGAUGAAAGGAAUGUGACAAAUCAAAGACUCGCUGAGUUUAAUGUCGAGUUUGCAUCUCAUCAGGACCACAUUAAUCUUCUGGAGGCAGAUUGUAUUGAGAAUAAGAUUUCAUUUGAAGCUCUGAAGCAUUAUUCUUAUGAGUUGCAGCACAAAAACCAGGAACUUGAAUUUCUCUGUGGAUCAUUAAGGCUGAGAAAUGAUAGUAUCGGCGUAGAAAACACUGAGCUCAAUAAGAAGCUAAAUUCUUGCUUAUCAAGAAUUGACGAGCUUGAAAUUCAGCUGGAAAGCUUACAGCAGAAUUUAAGCAGCAUGUUGUCCUCAAUGGAAGAACAGUUACUGGCCUUGCAGGAUGAAUCUGAGAGGGCAAUGAUGCUAGAACAUGAAUUGACAUCAUCAAUGUCUGAAUUUGGUGAAGCAGUUGCGAGGCUUGAUGAUUGUUUACUCAGAUCUGGCACUUCUGGAGCUCAUGUUGGUUUUGAUAUGACCAAGCGCAUAUCUGGUUCUGUUGAUGUUGCUGUAAAGGUGAUUGACGACCUGGAGGAAAAACUAGAAGCUGCUUUUGCGAAGCAUGAGUCCUCCUCAAACAAAUAUGAGGAAUUGAAUCAGAGUUUCAACAUUCUGGUUGAGAAGAAUGAAUUUGCAACUGCUACAAUGCGUAAGGUCUAUACUGAUUUGAUAAAACUGAUUACUGAAUCAUGUGGGUCUUUGAAGAUGGCCAAUCUUGAAAGUGAAAAUCUAGCUGUUGCUGAUCCUUUCGAGUAUGGUAGUUGUGAGAAUCUGAUUGAGGCUGUGCAAAAAAUUCUUUCUGAGAGGCUCGAACUUCAGUCUGUGAUUGAUAAGCUACAGUCCGACUUGUUGAGUAAAUCAAACGAUAUGCAGGAACUGACGCAGCGAAGUCUUGAUUCCACUUCGCUCCGACAGUUAGUUGAGAAGGUUGAGGGUGUUCUGGAACUUGAAAGUGGUGGAAUUAGUUUAGAAUCUCCUAGUUCAUAUAUGGAGUUUGUGGUUUCCCAACUUGUUCAGAAGUUUAUAGAGACGGAGGAAUUGGCUAAUGUCAUCAGAAAACAGUUAGAGGCCAAGGAAAAUGAGUUAAUGGAAAUCCAGGAGAGUUUACUGCACCAUAAAACUGAAAUGGAUGAUCUCAGCGAGAAUUUAAGCCAGGCAGAGGAGUCCCUCUCGGUUGUGCGAUCUAAGUUACAAGAGAAAUCUAAUGAACUUGAACAAUCAGAGCAGAGGUUAUCAUCAACUAGAGAGAAGCUUAGCAUAGCUGUUGCAAAAGGAAAAGGUUUAAUUGGUAACCGUGACAAUCUCAAACAGUUGUUGGCUGAAACCUCUGCUGAACUGCAGAGGUGCUCAGAGGAAUUGAAAUUGAAGGACACAAGGCUUGUGGAAGUAGAAGCAAAACUUAAAACCUAUAUGGAGGCAGGUGAACGUGUGGAAGCAUUAGAAUCUGAGCUUUCUUACAUCCGAAACUCAGCUAAUGCGCUCCGAGAAUCUUUUCUUCUCAAAGAUUCUCUGCUUCACAGAAUUGAAGAAAUUUUGGAAGAUUUAGAUCUCCCAGAGCAUUUUCAGGCUCGAGAUUUACUCGAAAAGGUGGAGUGGUUAGCAAGAUCAGCUAACGGAAACUCUUUGCGCCCCUCUGAUUGGGAUCAGAAGAGUUCCGAUGGAGGUGCGGGAUUUGUUAUUUCGGACCCCUGGAGGGAGGAUGCACAAACUGGUACAAGUUCUGAGGAUGACUUAAGGAUCAAGUUCGAGGAGCUGAAGGGGAAGUUUUAUGGAUUGGCCGAACAGAAUGAAAUGCUGGAUCAAUCCCUGAUGGAAAGGAAUACUUUGGUUCAGAGAUGGGAAGAACUCCUGGAGAAUAUUGAUAUGCCUCCGCACCUACAGUCCAUGGAAGUGGAAAACAAGAUUGAGUGGCUUGCAAGUACGAUAUCAGAGGCUACACAUGGCAGGGAUACUCUCCAACAGAAGAUUGAUAACCUUGAAGCCUAUUGUCAAUCACUAAGUGCUGAUUUGGAAGUCUCGCAAAAGCAAGUAUGUGAUGUUGAGGCAAAUCUUCAGUUGGUUGUUAAUGAGAGGGUAAACCUUUCUGAAAGACUGGAAAGUGUGAAUUGUGAUCAUGAGAGUGUUUCUGUGAGGGUCAUUCACCUUGAAGCUGAAAAUGAAAAAUUGCAGAAUCAAGUUAAAGAUUUGCAUGGAAAAUUGGUUGAGAAACUUGGGAAUGAAGAACAUCUUCAGACUAUUGAAGGAGAACUAUUAGGUUUGAGGUCCAUGAUUGAUGAUGUUUUACAAGAAGAUGGCUUGCAGGAUUUGGCGUUAGCAAGUAAUUCUGAGACCUUGGAUGGAUUACUGAGAAAGUUGAUAGAAUAUUAUAAGAAUUUGGUGAAAUCUAGUUUGCCACCUGAAAGAGAUGACAACUUCUCUGAAACUCAUCCAUCAAAUGCUGAUGUUAGAAGCAGAGAGUCAAUGGGUGCAGAUGAAACAACUUCUCAUGGGCACCAGCCUGAAUUGACUGAUUCGAUUCUAGUUGAAGCAACAAGUAGAGACAUAGGAGUAGUAGAGACACCUGAUGUAGCUUCUCUAACGAAAGAUCUGGAGGAGGCACUGCAUGUUCAGAAGCUGACAAGAGAAGAGAGAGAUUUGUACAUGGAAAAACAGCAAUCCUUGGCUGCUGAAAAUGAGGCACUUGAUAAGAAAAUAAUAGAAUUGCAGGAGUUUCUUAAACAAGAGGAGCAGAAGUCAGCUUCUGUAAGAGAGAAGUUAAAUGUAGCAGUCAGGAAAGGGAAAGCUUUGGUCCAACAAAGGGAUAGCCUGAAACAAACUAUCGAGGAAAUGAACGCUGAGCUUGGUCGCCUGAAAUCAGAGAUUAUCAACCGAGACGAAAUGCUCUUGGAAAAUGAAAAGAAAUGUAGGGAGUUGGAAUCUUACACGCUGAGGGUAGAAGCCCUAGAGUCCGAGUGCCAGUUAUUGAAAAAUCAUUUGCAGGAAACAGAAAAUGGUUUGCAGGAAAGAAGUGGUACAUUGAGCAUGACAUUGAAUGCAUUAAAUAGCAUUGAUAUUGGUGAUGAAGGUGAUAGAAAUGAUCCAGUUCUGAAGCUUCAACGAAUCUCACAACUGUUUCGGGAUAUGAGUACAUCUGUGUCUUCUGCUGAGCAGGAGUCAAGAAAAUCUAGAAGAGCAGCUGAGUUGCUCCUUGCUGAGUUGAACGAAGUUCAAGAGAGAAACGAUAGUCUGCAAGAGGAGCUAUCAAAAUAUACAUAUGAAAUUCAGCAACUUUCCAGACAGAAGGAUGCAGCGGAGGCUGCAAAAGUUGAAGCCAUAUCACAGUUUGAAAAUUUAUCAGUGGCUGAGAAUGAAGAAAAGAAGAAGCUUUAUGCUCAAUUGCUGUCCUUUGCAACUAGUGUGAAUACUCUGAGGAAAAUACUGGCAGGUACCAACAAUUGCCUAGGUGAUAUUUUCACUAUUGAUAUGAAGUUUCUGCAUCAUCUGAAGGCAAAUAUGGAAUCAUGUGCGAAGCAAACGGGUACUAAUUUUUCUGGCUGGCCUCAACUCAGUACAGGAAAUUUUGUUGACAAGGAAUUCUUUUCACGCUUGAGUGCUGCUUGGUCUAACGUCAACUUGCAUGAGAUUUCAAGUGGUGGAAACAUAACCGAAAUUUGUGGUUCUCUCUCACAAAACCUUGAUCAAUUUGUGGCCGAAGUUAGCCUUCUCGAAGAGAAUGUAAGCAAGCACUUGGCAUCGUGGCAUGAACAGGUCAACAUUGUAUCCAACAGUAUCAACACCUUUUUCAAGUCAAUAGGAACGGGAACAGACUCAGAAAUUGCUGCUUUGGGCGAAAGAAUUGCCUUGCUUCAUGGAGCAUGUUCUAGCGUGUUGGUGGAAAUUGAAAGCCGUAAGUCUGAAUUGGUUGGAAAUGACAAUUUCAAUAUGAGUCGCCAUCAAGUAGAAGAAGAUUUUUCAUCCAUGGAAUCUAUCAGGUCCAUGGUAAAUAGGCUAUCUUCAGCUGUUAAGGAGCUUGUUGUAGCAAAUGCUGAGACUGUGGAGAGAAAUGAAAAGGAGAUGAAGGUAAUCAUUGCCAAUUUGCAAAGGGAGUUACACGAAAAAGACGUCCAAAAUGAUAGGUUGUGCAAUGAGCUUGUGGUUCAAGUUAAGGAAGCUCAGGCUGGUGCUAAAAUCUUUGCAGAAGAUCUUCAAUCUGCAAGUGCCCGGAUGCGUGAUAUGCAAGACCAGCUGGGCAUUUUGGUGCGGGAACGGGAUUCUUUGAAGGAGAGAGUAAAAGAGCUGCAAGAAGGGCAAGCCUCACACUCAGAAUUACAGGAGAAGGUCACAUCGCUUAGUGAUCUACUAGCUGCGAAAGACCAAGAAAUUGAGGCAUUGAUGCAAGCGCUCGACGAGGAAGAGUCUCAGAUGGAGGAUCUGAAACACAGGGUUACAGAAUUAGAACAGGAAGUGCAACAGAAGAACCUAGAUUUGCAGAAAGUUGAAGCUUCUCGUGGGAAGAUUUCCAAAAAGCUAUCAAUUACUGUGGAUAAAUUCGAUGAGCUCCAUCAUCUGUCUGAAAAUCUUCUUGCUGAGAUAGAGAAACUUCAACAGCAAGUGCAAGAUCGGGAUACUGAGGUUUCAUUUUUGAGACAAGAAGUCACUAGGUGCACCAAUGAGGUUCUUGCUGCUUCUCAGAUGGGCACUAAGAGAGAUUCAGAAGAAAUCCAAACUGUACUUUCUUGGUUCGACACGGUAGCUUCUCUACUUGGUCUUGAAGAUUCACCUUCCACUGAUGCUCACAGUAACAUAAACCACUACAUGGAGACGCUUGAGAAAAGGAUUGCGUCUAUACUAUCUGAAAUAGACGAAUUACGGUUGGUUGGACAAAGCAAGGAUUCGUUGCUGGAAGCUGAGAGGAGUAGAGUGGCUGAGCUCAGACAGAAAGAAGCAACUCUUGAGAAAAUAUUACAUGAGAAAGAAUCCCAACCAAACAUGUCAACAAGCUUGACUUCAGAGAUUGUUGAAGUGGAACCUCUGAUAAACAAGUGGACGACGAGUGGAACAAUCCCAUCACAAGUCCGGAGUUUGCGUAAGGGAAAUAACGACCAAGUCGCCAUUAGUAUAGAUGCAGAUCAAGCUGAUCAUAGCCAUAGCUUAGAAGAUGAUGAUGAUAAAGCUCAUGGUUUCAGAUCACUCUCUACGUCAAGAAUUGUUCCUAGGUUCACAAGACCAGUGACUAACAUGAUUGAUGGUUUAUGGGUCUCUUGUGACCGGACGCUCAUGAGACAACCUGCAUUGCGGUUAGGCAUCAUGAUUUACUGGGCGAUAUUGCAUGCUCUUUUGGCUGCUUUCGUAGUCUAA